UAAGCAAACUGUAAAUAAAUCACAUCCACUGCCAUCCUAGAAUCGAGGUCCCUGCUGACCUUCUCAAAUUAAGUGAUUAUAUGAGGGGCAGUAUUUGAAAACAACACAUUUUGUAGAAAAAAAAUAUCUUAAGGCAAUUUGCGCUAGUGUUAUAGAAUUUAUAGAAUAAAGACUAUAUUAACUAAAUCCACACAGGAAGACUUGUGCAGGAGAACAAAUACAAUGGUUAUGCAUAUACUCACAAAUUUAGUGAGAAUACAAUUUAUUCUAUUCACUGCAAACCCUGGUGAGAAGAAGGAAAUGGCAAGAAAUCAACCACUUCCCUAAAAACUCAAAUAUGUGUUAGAUACAAUAUCAAGGCACCCAUAUUCUUAUUGUUAUUUCCUUUGUCACAUAUCGUGUAGGGACAUGCGAUGAAGACUGGAAAAGGACAAUUCUGGGUGCAUUAAAUGAUGGAGAGCUACAUGCACGUUUAUAGGAUCAUUCUCAUGGUUGUUCUUCAAGGCUGGUUCCCAGGUUCCUACAGUAAGAAGUCGGCAUUUACCCUCCCUAAAUCCAUCAGAGCAUUGAGAGGAUCCUGUGUGGAGAUUCCCUUCAGCUGCCCCAGGAACUAUAGGAACUUCAAUCUGGUUUGGUACAAGGAAAUCGAACUUCAAUUUGACUAUAAAAUAUUCAACCACCGGGAUUCCUCUGAUGUGAAUGAACAUUACAGAGGUCGCACUUCCCUGGUCGGCAAUGAACCAAACAGCUGCUCCCUGAGGAUUAAUGAUGUGCAAGAAACUGGCACUUUUUAUCCCUAUAUAAAUAGCAAAAAGUCUCAGACUGUGAAUGUUCAGGUCUCAGAUGUUCCCAAUGAGCCAUCAAUACAGAAACCUUCAAUUCUAACUGAGGGGGGAAGUGUCUCCAUCUCCUGCUCUGUAGAACACACCUGCCCCUCCAGUCCCCCUACUCUACAGUGGAACAAAGCUGGAUAUAAUAUUACUUACAAUCAGAUGAGACUUAAGGAUGGAGUAUGGAAAGCUACAACUGUUAUGGAAUAUCUCCCCUCCUACCAGGAUCAUGGAACUGAACUUAUAUGUGACGCUAUACAUCCAAAUGGACUUAAAUCCAAAACUCGAUGGGUCACUUUAAAUAUAAGAUAUGCUCCAAAACGUGUUGCAGUUUUAUUUGGUGGGGAGAGGGAAAGGAAAGAAGGGGAUGAAGUGAGUUUAAGUUGUACCAGUGAAGCCAACCCGGCAGCCAAUGACUUUAUCUGGUACAACAAUAUGAGAGAUGAGACUGUGGAGCUGAGAGAGGAACAUGGGCAGAACAUAAAUGUGACUUUGGGGUGGGACAGAGAGAAAUUCUCCUGCACUGCAAGGAACCCGCUGGGAACUGGAAAUUCUCGUGUUUAUGAGCUGCAGGUUUUAUAUAAAGCCAAAAACGUCACAAUAAAAGGAAAAGAAGAAAUGAAGGAAGGAGAAAUCCUGGAACUUGAAUGUCAUUUCUCAGACUAUAACACAAUUAAGUACAACUACAGCUACAACUGGUAUCUAAAUGGGAAUCCUGUGAAUGGGAAAACUGGCAGAAUAUUACAGAUAAUUAACAUUACAAAGUCCAAAUCUGGCAACUACAGCUGCAAUGUGCAGAACAGAGCCGGACAUUCCUAUUCCCCAUUGUUUUCUGUCACAGUCAUGGCAGUGAUAUCUGCACAGACAGGAGAGGAACUGCCAAUGGGGAUUAUACUCGGAGGUGUAGCUGGUGCUGCAUUGCUCAUACUAUUGGUUCUGAGUCUAUAUUUAUUUCUUAGAAAAACACAAAAACUGGAAGCUCCAGAAGGCAGGAGAGUGGAGACCAACAAUCAGGAGCACCUAUCAAAUGAUGGACAAGAGAACUAUUACUGCAACUUCUCAGCAAUUGCAGGUCCCUCAAGGAACAGCACAGUGGGAACCCAAUUGAGUGAGAUGGAGUUAGAAGACCUUUAUUCCAAGCCAAAGGAACCAAACGAGGUUGAGUACAUUUUGGUGAAUCAUGUGCCAAGUAAUGGAGCCGCUCAACAGCAGAACCCUGUAGAAGAGACAGAAUAUUCCAUUGUGAACUGCUGAUUUGGGAGCACAGCAGUGCUUGAAUUGGGUUGUAAAAGGUGGAGGGAUGGUAAAUGUGGCGCGUGCAGCGCGGCAAAAAAAAUUUAAGCCACGCCCACAAUUAUUGGCAACACCUUUUAGUAAGCCUCGCCCACCAAUAGUUUUUUGCCAUUUCCAUGUUUAUUAAAAAAAAUUUUUAAAACAUAUUGCAAGAAAUAUAGAAUCCACUAUUCUGUUUUUUGACUAAACAAAAGUAUGACCCUUUAGCUACAGUCUGCAAGGAUGUUUUUAAUUGUAAACUGUCUACAGUUGUAAAGAAAUCUUAUUUUUAGA